AUGAGAUGGUGUUUUCUUCGUUUUCAGCGACGUCUGGCACAAAUUCCGCUAGUUCCUACACGGAUAGUUCGUUCUCGGGGUCACGGUGAUCAUCCGGUUGACGAUCUCGCCUACCAGCCACCUGAGGAAGAAGAAGAAGCGAGUUCACAACAAGAUGAUGCCGUAUGUAGCAGCAGAGAAACAACUGCCAAUGCCACUGAAGUAGGCGAAUACACCAUUGCAAGAAGACUCCACGUAACUGACUUAACGUUGCCACCUUCGGCUGUCGAGGACGGCUGCAUCACGAGCCCACCAUUGGUUGAUCUCGCGUGA